CUUUAAAGAUCACAGUCAGGAGAAACAGGGAUGCGUCUGUUUUAGGCUGACAUUGGAUGUUUGCACCGAGGAAGUCACUUUAUAAGAAGCACCACACAAACCUGCACACAUCUCUCAAAGGGCGUGGGAAUGUACUGCAAGGAAGGAUACGAGAAAGUCAUCCUCCUCAUCUUUUACAUCCAGCUGUGUUCCAAGCCCAUGGGUGAAGCGAUUCAUCCGGACUGCGCCAUCAUCUCUCAGCACCUGAGGGCUCGGGAGAUUUGCAGCCAGACGAGGAGGAGCGAAGCGCAAAACCGGAGCGAUCACAGCGGAUGUAAAACAGAGUGGGAUGAAAUUGGCUGUUGGCUGAGAGCCAAAGUUGGGCAAGUUGUCAACUUAUCCUGCUCUGAGGUCUUUCAGCAUUUCUCCAGCAAUCAAGGGUUUGUAUACAGGAAUUGCACUGCUGAUGGCUGGUCUGAAAUGUAUCCAACUUAUGAGGAUGCCUGUCAUUUCAAUGACGACAGUGAGCCUGAAUCAGAGACAAGUUACCUGUAUACGUUCAGACAGGUCUACACUGUAGGGUACGCCACCUCACUCAUCUCUCUACUUACAGCCAUAGUGGUGUUUGCAGGCUUCAGGAAGUUUCGCUGUACCAGAAACUACAUCCACAUCAACCUGUUUUCCUCCUUUGUUCUGAGAGCUAGUGCUGUGUUCAUUAAGGAUGCUGUGCUGUUUGCAGAUGAAACUCUGGACCACUGCUCUAUGUCUACGGCUACGUGUAAGUCAGCAGUAGCGUUUUUCCAGUUCAGCAUCCUGGCCAAUUACUUUUGGUUGCUGGUGGAGGGCAUGUAUCUCCAGACCCUUCUGGCCCUCACUUUCGUCUCUCAGAGAAAAUACUUCUGGUGGUACAUUCUUAUUGGAUGGGGACUGCCAUCUAUGGUCCUCAUACUUUGGGUUCUGACCAGAUUCUUCUAUGAUGACAGAGGCUGCUGGGAUGACAAUGACAAUGUUGGCAUUUGGUGGAUCAUUAAAGGACCAAUAACAGCAUCACUGCUGGUCAACAUAGUCAUCUUCAUAAAUGUCAUCCGGAUUCUGGUCCAAAAGCUUAAAUCUUCAACCACUGCAGGAAACAGUGAUACUGGUCAUUUCAUGCGGCUGGCUAAAUCCACCCUGUUCCUCAUUCCUCUGUUUGGGAUGCACUACACUGUAUUUGCCUUCCUGCCUGAGAACACUGGAGUGGCCGCCAGGCUGUACAUCGAGCUGGGCCUGGGAUCCUUUCAGGGGUUUGUUGUGGCCCUUCUUUACUGCUUCAUGAAUGGAGAGGUCCAGGCAGAGCUCCGGAAAUGGCUUUGGAGGUGCCACAAUCCAAAUCACCUCACUCCUGGCAAGAGAAGCAUGACUCAGAUCACGAUUCGAACCCAUGGAGGCUUGGGUUUGCCUCCUUCUAGUGCCAACAUCUCAGCUGUAUGAGCUUUGCUUUUAGACAGGAAAAAAAAUUCUUUGGAAAAUCAGCAAUUAAAAGGUGAAACCACUCUGUUGAACAUUAUGACCUUAAUUCAACUCUUUUGUGAGAUAUAAGAGCACAAGUUUAACUGGUGGGUAAAAUGGGUAAAACCUCUGAAUGCUUCAUCUAAGCAGAGGCUGUACAGUAUAUGGUCAGUCUAGGUCACAGGGUGCUCUAUCAUAUUGAUAAAUCAUAACUUCUACAGACCCCACUGUAGCACUGCAAAACAGGAAAUAAUAACUGAUACAGAGCUGUC